GCGAAGUACAAAAUAUCUUACAGGCCUAACAAGAAACUAGGCGAAGAAUUAAAAGUAAAAGAAAAAGGGUAAAAACCCAGAGCAACGAUUACUCGUAAAGUAAAAAAUUCAACGCGUUCCUUUCCCUCGUGUUGCUAACUGUCAAUAAAACCCAGCAAACUUUGCUCUUGUCUUUGACGGCGGCAGUUAACCGGAGAAGAACUCCUUUUGAAGCCAUUAGAGAAAAGGAAGCAAGAUUCAAUGCACGCCUCAUCUAAGGAUUAUUGGCGAUCUCGCAAUAAUAAUAAUAAUAAUAGACCUCGCAAAUUUUUCGACCGUUGCAGCCUACCCGCAGGUUGGUUAUAUUGCCCUCCAUACGGUGAUAACAUAGGCUUUAUUAUCCCAUCAAAAGUGCCUCUAAGUGAAUCAUUCAAUAAGAAUAUCCCUCCUGGAGAAAGAUACACCCCAAAAGAACUAAUCGACAAGCAAAGAAGUUUAGGGAGAGAAAUCGGACUGGUGGUUGAUUUAACAAACACUGAUCGUUACUAUCCAGAAUCAGAUUGGACCAGUCAUGGUAUUAGACAUGUUAAGAUUCGAUGCCCGGGGCAGGACUCUGUACCUGAUGCUGAGUCUGUAGAUAGAUUUAUUUCUGAGGUCAUGCAAUUGACAUCUCAAGCAAGUAAAUAUGCUGUUGUCCACUGCACUCAUGGCCACAACCGAACUGGCUACAUGAUUGUACAUCUUCUUGUACGUAAUCAGUCACUCAGUGUUAGUGAGGCAAUAGCAAAAUUUGCCCAAGCACGCCCUCCUGGAAUAUACAGACCAAAGUAUGUGGAAGCAUUAUAUGACUUCUACCACCAAUCGAAGCCUGAACUUUUUGUUUGUCCCCAAACUCCCGAAUGGAAGAGAGACUCUGAUCAAGAUAAUGGGAAUCUUACAAGAGCAGGAGCGGUGUCAGAUGCAGAUUUUAGGGACGAAUGUAUCCCAUUUGCUGAGGUUCAGAUGAUGAGGAACUUCUGCAAUCAAGUGCUCAAUUUGGAUGUACAGGCCAGAAGAAAUACCGGAAUACCAGGAUCUCACCCGGUCUCUCUCGACAGGGACAAAUUGCAUCUUCUAAGCCGACAACUCUACCAUGUCACCUGGAGUGCUGAGGGGCCACGAUACAUGAUGCUAAUAGAUAGGGAGAAUUGUUAUUUGAUUGAUCCACAGUUCUAUUUCAGGAAGGUCCAAUUGCGGUUUCCUUGCAAAUAUAUCUAUGAGGGUAGAGCUGACAUUACUCAUCACUACACGUUGCUUGAUGGUGAAUUGAUAACCGAGACUCAGCCAGAGACACAAGUGAAGAGGAAUACUUUCCUCAUUCAUGAUAUGAUAUCAAUUAAUGAAGUCUCUAUUACAGAGCUACCUUUCCAUCAUCGAUUAAUGCUAAUUGAAGACGAGGUGAUCCGGCCCCGUAACUAUGAACGUGAAUUUUUAUUCACAUGUGUAAAUCCGUACUACCAAUAUGGCCUGGAACCAUUUGAAGUGAGGAGGAAGGAUUUCUAUUUGCUGUCUGCAGCUUCUAAGCUCAUCAAAGAUAUAAUGCCAAAUCUUCCACAUUCAGCUGAUGGUCUUAUCUUUCAGGCCUGGAAUGCAACUUAUGUGCCUCGGGAACAUGAUGGACGUUUGAAAUGGAAAUAUCCUGGAACAAAUACUGUUGAUUUUCUCUUUGAGGUGGGAGUUGACGGCAACAAUUUGUUUUAUCUGCAAGAACACGGAAACAAGAAACCAAUUGAAGGUUGCAGAGUGAUGUUUAAAGAUGGAUCAGAUUUAUCGUUGUACUCGGGUAGGAUAAUUGAGUGCUCCUGGAACUCUCAUGAAAAUGCUUGGAUCUUUGUGCAGAUCCAAACAGACAAAUCAAACCCAGAUUAUAUUAGUGUCUAUGAGGAGGCAAAGCACAACAUAGAGGGCAAUCUUACAGAGGAUAUCUUGUUGGAUGAGAUUGAUAAAGUUGCAAGUCUACCUAUAUACGCUGACUGGGUAAAGCAUCGCAGUGGAUCUUUUAGGAAUGUCUGGAGAAGGCAGUGAGGGAUUUGCUGCUGUUUGUUGCGAUAUGCUUGUUCUCCAAUUUAUCUUUUCUUUUUCACCAUUGAGGGUGAGGUGGGAGGCGGAGGAGGAGGUCAUAAUCUAGUUAAAAAUGCAGGUUCUUUGCGGUUGUCAUUCGUCAUUCGGUGUUUUUCCAAGUUGAAAGAGUAACAAUUUAGUCUAAUUAAAACAGACUGCAGGUUCUUUGCGGUCGUCAUUCAUCAUUCCGGGGGAUUUUUCUUCUCAUAUUCGGAUUUGCCAAGUUGAACGAGUGAUAAAUGUAGGCUGUAUCUGUGUUAUAAUGGAGGCAAGUAUUGGGCAUAAAAUUUUUGUUUGCUCAAUCCAUCAGAGCUCUGGGAAUGUUAAGGCAAUAACAAAUAAGAGGUCUAGGUGGUGUUUGCAAAGUAUACUAGGAAAAGUUAGCGCAAAAUAGUGCAACACAUUUUCUCGUUAUUCUUUCUUUUUCCUUUUACAUUUAUUGCUCAAAGUCGACCCUUGUUGUGAUUUCAUGUAUCUAUUGUAAGAUGCCGCAAAAGGAAAGGAUAUUGUACAAUGAUUGCCACAUGUUGGAGCUGUGAUCUUGUAAAGAAAUAUUGACUUCUGUAACCUAGCUUAUUCAGGCGCAGGGAUGCUAUUAAUAGCAGUCACAUGUUGGAGCUGUGAUCUUGUAAAGAAAUAUUAACUUCUGUAACC